AUCAACUAUAAUAAAAAUAUUCAAUUUUUAUUUUCUGAUAGAGCCUAACAUGCUAAAAAACAGGACAGUUGAGCUUCAGAUAAGGUUUGAUUGCCUAUAACUUGGGAAUAAACUGUAUUCUUGAAUGAAGGUAAUGGCUGUCACUAAAAACUAAUGUGCUGGGACAAGCCCGCCCUGCACAGAGAUGACCUGGGAGAAGUAGAGGAUGCGCGCCCACCAGAGUCCUAGUCCUGCCACUUCAAUAGUAGAUUGAAGCAUUUGGCCUCAACAAAUCUAGGUACCAGAAUUUUUUCAGUUUGUUUUUGGGGGCUAGCCAAUAGUGGUUGCUUGCUCUAAAUCAAUUUUAUGUCCUAUGCCUCUGUUUUUAAAGAUGAAUUUUAUCAAACUGAAUAUUAUAUAUGUUGGUAAAAAGCAAAAAGUAAAAUCUAUAAUGUUACAACAUGCAAGUGAGAACAUUGAAUUAUUUUGAAAUGUAUGUCUCUUCAAGGUGUAGUAGACAAUUACAUCCAUAGGAAAGGGAUUUAAUAGGUAUUUCCUUGAAAACUCUAGAUACGGGCAACUAUUGAAAUUUUCCUGACACGUGUUUCAUUUUCACUUCCCUUAGAGUGUGUUAUUUUGCUGAUACCAGAUUCAAAGCCUAGGUCGAUUGAUCCCCUGCGGGAUACACUUGAAGGUUAAGUAACUACAGAUCUCAGCUAAUCCGUGUAAUCUGCUGUUACUAAAUGGCCGUUUGUAUUCCUAGCACACCAGUUUCUGAAUGCUUAGGGUUUGGUUUUUACCUUUUGUCCAAAUAACUUCUAAAAGGAGCCAUGCAUCUUUUUGCAAGUCUGUGCAUUGCACUUAGCUUUUUGGAAGGAGUGGGCUGUUCGUGUCCUUCACAGUGCACCUGUGAUUAUCACGGCAGAAAUGACGGCAUGGGAUCAAGGUCGGUGCUAUGUAAUGACCAGGAUAUGAAUGAGAUACCUACAAACAUCCCUGUGGACACUGUGAAGCUUCGCGUAGAGAAGACCGUUGUCCGUGGGGUCCCCGCCGAGGCCUUCUACUACCUGGUGGAGCUCCAGUACCUGUGGUUGACUUACAACUCUGUGGCCAGCCUCGACACCAGCAGCUUUUACAACCUAAAGCGGCUGCAUGAGUUGCGCUUGGAUGGAAAUUCUCUGGCCGCUUUCCCUUGGACAUCUCUCAGAGACAUGCCGCGUCUGAGGACCCUGGAUUUGCACAAUAACAGAAUAACCAGUGUGUCAAACGAGGCAAUCAGGUACCUGAAGAACCUCACCUACUUGGAUUUAUCAAGCAACAGAUUAACCACACUGCCGCCAGAUUUCCUGGAGAGCUGGUCCCACUUAUUUACAUCCAGAAGCCUGGACCUUUCACCAAGAAGAAUCAUUCUCGGUCUGCAGGACAACCCAUGGUUCUGUGACUGUCACAUUUCCAAAAUAAUGGCAUUGUCAAAAGUCGCUGACCCUGAGGUAGUACUUCUUGAUCCACUGAUGAUUUGCAGUGAACCAGAACGCCUCACAGGCAUUUCGUUUCAGCGGGCUGAGUUGGAGCAGUGUGUGAAGCCAUCAGUGAUGACCUCGGCCACACAGAUCACGUCUGCCCCGGGCAGCAAUGUUCUGCUGCGGUGUGAUGCCACUGGCUACCCCACCCCACAGCUCACAUGGACCAGACCAGAUAGCUCUCCAGUUAAUUAUACAGUAAUUCAAGAAUCUCCAGGGGAGGGAGUCAGAUGGUCCAUAAUAAGCCUGACAGGCAUUUCUCACAUGGAUGCUGGGGAUUACAAAUGCAAGGCCAAAAAUUUGGCUGGGAUGUCAGAAGCUGUGGUUACUGUGACAGUGCUUGGUGUUGUCCCAACCACCAUAUCAUCAGACACUUCUGAAAGAAGAAGUGGGGAUCACCCUGAGCAAGCGGUCCAGCUGGGAUCUAGAAGAUCUGCAUUGCUACCUGGUUCAUCGCCGUCUCCCUGGCUUUAUUUCUCCUCUUCUUCCUCCUCCGCUUCUUCCACUUUUCUUCCUCCCUCUACUUUGCCUCCUCCCUCUUCCGCCUCCUUCUCCUUAUCUCCUUUCUUCUCCACUGUUUCUUCAGCCACAGCUCCAAGCACUAGAAUUUCCACAAGCACCACCACAGCCGGCCGGCCCUCACCGCGUCCCGGUGGGAAAAGAAAUGUCAAGAUGCAGACGGGUGGCGGUAAGCUGUCCCCAGUUAGUGCAAGUCAAAGGGAAGAGCUGGCAUUGUCAGAUCAAGGCCUGCUGAUGGGAACAAAUGCCACAAUAGAAAAUCUGCAGGUAGUCAGUGAGACCGAAGAGAGUGUGAUUUUGACCUGGAACACCAUUAACACCACGCAGAACUUGGAAGUGACUGUGCUGUAUUCCAGGUAUGGGGAGAAGGACCUGCUGCUGCUUAAUGCAGACCCCAGCAAGAACCAAGUCACCAUAAAUGGCUUGUUGCCUGGUCGGCAAUAUAUAGCCUGUGUCUGUCCAAAAGGGACGCCGCCCCAGAAAGACCAGUGUAUCACCUUUUCUACUGACAGGGUUGAAGAAGGUGAUUCUCAAGUGUCUCUCCUUAUGGUGGUGAGUGGUGCUGCCUGUGUUUUUGUCCUGCCAUUGAUUUUUUUCCUGUUGUACAAGGUUUGCAAACUGCAGUGUAAGUCAGAAUCCUUCUGGGAAGAUGAUUUGGCUAAAGAGACGUAUAUCCCGUUUGAGACGCUGUCCCCCAGGUCUCAAAGUGUAGGGGAACUUUGGACUCGAAGUCACAGAAAUGAUUCAGAAAAAUUACUGCUUUGCUCUAGGUCAAGUGUGGAAUCGCAAGACUUUUAAAAGUGAGGGACCAGAGUGUUAUUGCUAAGGUUUUACAGCUCAGGCACAUGAGAGUGC